AUGGACACCCCUGGUGAAGAUAUCAAGACACGUCGCUUAAACCAUGCCCUCAGUAUGAAAGGAACUAUUCCCCACAUCUCAGAGAGUUACUCAAAGGAAUUACGAGAACUGAUCAGCCAAAUGCUCAGCUGUGACCCUAAAGACAGACCUUCAGCUGAGGAGAUCCUCAGAAGACCAUUCCUCAGAGAGGCAGUAAAGAGAUUUAAGAGAAUUCCAGAAGGGUUGGAACAAAGCUUAAAGAAGUCCAUCAAUGCUUUUGUUGAGGCCUAUAAUGAUAACUAUAAAGAUUUUGAGGUUUUAGUUAAAGAGUGGGGGGAAACAACAGAUUCACUAGAGGAUAUGCAUUAUAGUGCCACAGCAGGCAGUCUGUCAGGAGCAGUGAUUGGGACAGCAGGAGGAAUCACUGCACUGGCUGGUGUAGCUUUGGCACCUGUCACAUUUGGAGCAUCUCUGAUUGUAUCAGCUGUGGGUGCUGGAGUUGGAGCUGCAGGUGGAAUAACAGGUGCUGCCUCCAACAUUACAGACUCAGUAAAGCAAAAAUCAUAUCGCGAGAAUUUUGAACAAAUUGAGAAGAAGUAUAAAAAAUCAAGUGAACCAAUCCUCAAUACUCUGAAUAAACUGAGAGGGGUGCUGGGGAAAGUAUAUAAAUUCUCUAUUUUUGAAAGGAACUCACAUUCUAGUAACCUGCAAACAGCAUGGGAGAUCGGCAAAGGUGCAGCAGAUUGUGCCACUGGAGCAGUGAGUCUGGCUAUGCUGGCAAAUGUGGGCAGGAUUGCUCUUCAGGCUUCGAAAAUAGGACGAGCAGUAGCUGCAGCGUCAGCCGUAUUGAGUGGAAUAUUAGUUGUCGUUGAUGUCACCUUUAUAGUGAAAGAUGCCAAAGAGAUUCAUGAGAUGAGACAGAACUGGAGAACAGAUGAUCCGGAAAAGGUCUCAUCCAGUGUGCUGAAGUCAAUUGCUCAGAUGAGGAAAACACACAAAGAGCUCUGCAAAGUCUUGGAGGACAUCAAAGGGUUUAAAGGGGAACUAAAUGCCUACAGUGGUUAGUAGUGAUAGAGAUGUGGGCAGAGUUUACAGAAAUUAUAUAAAUAUAUCAUGUAAUAAGCAAAAAAACAGAAAUCAAGUAUGUUGCAUGCGGUUGGGCUUUAGGGAUUAUUUUAUUCCAGUAGAUUUGCUAUAUAUCUCUUGUAAUGCAUUGGUUUUCUUAUACACUGUUUAUCUCAUAUACACUGAAGAAUAUUCAUCUUUGCUGUAAUGUAAAGUUAGGGUUACAAUUACUGUAAUAUUCCUGUCACCGACUCGGUCCCAGUCAUUCCCCUCGCUGACCAGCAGAGGUCACCAUCU